UACCAGCGGGACUGCUCCACCUGCCCUGCUCACAGGACACAGCUGCGGUACAAUAUUAAAUCGCAUCAUCUUCAUACUAACAGGUUACAUGCGAUUUUCUGUUGGCCUGAUUUCGGAUUUUUAAAAUCUCUCACGUGAGAGUUAAAUCUAAGAGGAGAGAAAACAGUUUAAGAACUAUAUUGGUUUGCCGGUUUUAACGCGCGCGUGCAGAUAACGACGCGGUGUCAGGUUACAUCUCGGGAAAUCCCGUUCCUACUGCCACCGUCCAGCGCAUUCCACUUCUCUUACACAUUGGGUAUCUCCUCAGACGGAGUUUAUUUUGGAGUGAAUUCGCCACGGCUAAAAAUGAAAUUGUUGGUGCUGUUGUGUGUGAUAUGUGUGAUUGGAAGUUUUGUUUCGGCAAAGGCCCAGGGUGCAACCUACAAAGUUAUAACAUUACUGUCCCCACCAUGGGUUAUGGAGCGUGAUGGGCGAAGCACAGAGGGUUUUAUGAUUGAUCUGCUCAAGAGAGUGUCGAGGAUCUCAGACUUCAACUAUACUCUCGCCUACGUCAAGGACGGCAAUUACGGCAGCGAGGUGGGCGGUAACUGGAACGGAGCUAUUGGCGAACUCAUCGCUGGGGACGCACAAAUUGCUGCACUACCAAUGAUAACGACAGAGAAGCGACAGACAGUGGUGGACUUCUCAAGUCCUAUCAUUAACAGUGGCCACCGGAUACUCAUCAAAAAGCCAGUCACACAUAAUGAUCCGCUCAAGGUGUUGUUCGAGCCCUACUCUCUCCCAGUGUGGAUACUGGUGAUGGUCAUCUCUUGGAUAAUGGGUGCCGUACUUAUUGUCAUCAACAAAUUCAGUCCAUCCGAGUGGGGUCAGUUACCCGAAGAUGAGGACCCAACGCACUCCAGAAACAGCUUCACUGCCAAUAACGCCUUCUUUUUCGUUCAUAGUACGCUGACAUGGCAAGGUUACAAAGAGGUUCCGAAGUCACCGGCCGGGAGGAUUGUUGUCUGUAUGUGGUUCAGCUUCAUCUUCUUCAUGAUCAUCGCCUAUACCGCUAACCUCGCGGCCCUGCUGCUUGCAAGGGGCCCAAAUCAACCCCUCGUUCCUUUCAAGACAUUCCACGAGAUGGCGGCACAAACUCUCACCCCUUAUGGAACCAGGCAAAAUGUACAUCUGAUUAACAAGCUGAGUGUUUCAAAUGACCCAGUAUACCGAAAGAUACUGGCUUAUAUGAACCUCAUCGACAACAAUUUCCAAGAUAUUGGGGGUGCUAUGAAAAAAAUAAGAGAUUCUCCUAAAGGAUACGCCGCCAUAGUGGAGAGUACGGAAGCCGACUACAUUGCUUCUAAAAACUGUGACCUGAUGGUGGUGGGAGAAACGAUAGCCAUUAGCCAGAUUGGAUUUGCAUGCAGCAAGGCCACCACGGGACUGUGUAACGAACUCUCUGAGGCUAUCAGGGAAAUACGAGAGGCUGGGGACAUGUACCUACUGUACAAAAAAUGGUUCAAGAAAGGACAGUGUACGGAAACCGACUUGGACGACUAUGUGAGCAGAGAGGAGACCGCCAAGAUCACAGCCCGACCACUCUCGCUCGCCGACCUAUCACUUGCCUUUAUAGUCCUCCUGUUUGGGCUCAUAGUUGGGGCGAUUCUCCUAGUGGUGGAAAUUCUUGUUCACAGGUACAAGAAAAAGAAGGGAAGCAGAAACAUGGAGCCCGUGCGCAUGACAGCUGCCAACGGACGUGGACAAUCGGAGACGGACGUAAAUGACGAAAGCGACAAGGCACCGAUAGCAGCGGCGGAACCAUGAUGCACAUGCGCAUGUGCUGUACGACGGACAGUAAGACACAACAGCAAAGAGAUCACAUACAAUACUCGGAUCAUCAACAUUCUUUUAUUUCAGCUUUAAGUCUGCGAGAAAGUCAAAAUGAUAUUGUCGCCAUCACACCAACUACUGUACAUUAUACGUGGUGGAAGAAGUAAGUUAGAUACAUGUAUGUAUUUUCCAGAACAAUAAUGAUUUAGGGAAAUCGCCAACAACGACUAAUACAAAUUAAUUCCAUGUGCUUUUUCAAUUAAGAGGAUGAUAAUAUCUAUGUUUAUAUUAUUUCUAGUUUCUAACUUGAUCACGAGGACCACAAAAUUUCUGACACACAACCCUUCAAAACAUAUAUAACAAACCUGUGUAGAGCUUACGUAGAUAUAUUGUCUAUCCGCUUUCGGAAUUCAUAAAGCACUACGGUUAUAAAACAUGUUAACUGAAUAUUUAAUCUGCAUGAAAUUUAAAAUUAGAUCUAUGACGGUAGAUUCUGAUCGAUGAUGUCGGAGACAUAACUCAGCACUUAAUUGGUUACAUUUUGAAAGAAUUAAUAGAAGAUAGAAAAAUAUGCUUAAACAUACUAAAGGAGUCCAGGAUCCGAUUUGAUAGACCAGGACAAUUGUUGUACACGUGCAUUUAUGUAGGACCACUUCCAUUUAAGAAAAAAAUGGAAAACACGCAUAUCUAAUGGGAUAAUGUCGAAGCCAUCAUUUGAUCAAGGAUGCCUUCAAUGCGUUGGGACGUCAUGUGUCAUUCCUAAAAGGUUUUUGGAAGCGGCGAAAAAGAAAUAAAAAUGAAAAGGGUCUUCCAAUUGUACAUUGGACCCUAAUUGUCUGCUGUAUAGAUAAACAUGUUUUUAUGUAAUCAAUGACAAUGAGAUUUGGUAUUUUGUCAAAUUCAGGUUUAAUAUAUUAAUGAUAAGAAAUGCUUUUUAUGUGGUACAUGUGUAUCAUUUCCUUCCCGUUUGAUGUCUGUAAUAUCGUUGUGUAUGUGUCAUUAUAAAUACAUGCUUUAUAAUAUUCAAACCGCUGUAUCUUACCUGUGUUGUCAAUACAAAUGUGUAUUUACCUAUACAAGGAUAUCUGCACUUGCUAUGUGAAAUGGUUACUGUGUUUACCUAUGAAAUGAUUUUCGCACUUGUAAUUAAUAAUGGUUUAAAGGACGUUUCCUUUUGCCGUCAUGGAUCGUUAGGCUGGUAUCUCACGUUCCCAAAGAUAAGGCUUGAUACUGAAACGGCUGUUAUACUGUGCCAAUUUUGCUUAAACAUCAGAAAAGUAUCCCCAAAAUACUGACUGGCAAGUACGAUAUCGGAUCAGUGGAGGCUGAAUAGUGUUACAACCGGAUAAGAUGUAGCUGGAAAGUGGAACAACAGUAUAAGUGGUAGUUCGAUAGUGUGACAACCGGAUAAUUGGUGGCUCGAAAGUAGGAAACGGUAUACGAGGUAGUUUGGGUCGGACAACAGGAUUAGUGGUAGUUUGAUAAUGGGGCAUCAGGAUUAGUAAUUGUUCGAUAGUGAGACAACCGGAUAAGUGGUCGUUUGAUAGUGGGACAAGCGGACUCACGUAAGUGUUGGCUCGAAUGUGGGACACAGGAUAAGAGGUAGUUUGAUAGUGGACAACUGGAUUAGUGAUGGUUCAGACGUGGUGAUUUGAUAGUAGGACAACACGAUAAGUGGUGGCUCGAAACUGAAACGACAGAAUAAGUGAUAGUUUGAUAAUGGCACAACAAGAUUACUGGUGGCUCGAAACAAUAGGAUUAGUAGAAGUUUGAAAGUGGGGUAAUCGGAUAAGUGUUGGCUCGACAGUGUGACAACAGGAUUAAUGUCUAGUGACAUGAUUAGUAGUUGCUGGAUAGUAGCUGACUGGAUAGUCGAUCGGUGGUCGGUGCUAUCAGAGAAGAUAGUUUUCAUCUCUGUUGAUCAUCUGGUUAACUAAGUUUUACACUUUGACAUCAAUAGCAUUAUGUUCUAUUUGCAUUCAUAAACUAGUUAACUGUUUAAAAUACACUGCAACUUAUACAAACUUGCACGUACAUUGCAACUGUAACUAUGGUAAAUAAAACGUCUGUUGUAUACAGCACAACUAAUUAAAGUAGCCAUCUAUAAGUUUAGUUAUAUUAAUUAUAUCUGCAUAUCGCUUGGAAAAGUCACACUGAUACAGGCGAAAAGAAUGAAAAGGGUAAAUGAAUAUUGUUUGGUAAACGUAUGUUACAUGUGUAAUCUUGAGUACAAUUACCAUGGUAACAAUACGCCAGACUAAACCUCCUCAGUUAUCAUUUCUAUCCACCGAUCUGUCAUCAUCAAGUUUCAUUUGCUAGGUGGUAGAUAUUAAUUGAUUGCUCGGUAGAUAUGUGCCCGUUUGAAUCGUUAUGUAGAUAUGGUUAGAUGAUGAAAACAGCACGUAUCUAAUUCAUACAGUAAUGUGUAACAGUUUUAACAUCCAUUGCCCGUUAUCAAUUUAAAACAAUCUAGUUUGAAGUGUUUUAACCCUUUCAUCCCCAUGUAACUUAAGUAGACUCUACCAUGCAUUGAUAUGGGUUAGUCCAUUAUGGUAUACAGUGGUGAAAGGGUUAAUGACACUAUGACAGGUUGACUCAAUAGCAGUCACUAUAUUGAUCGAUUCAACAUUUUUGAGAAGUUGUGUUCUGUUACGAUAUAUCACGUUUUUAAAUUAUGUAAAAGUUAAAAUAUACAUAUAUUGUAAUAACCAAAGUGUCUUUGCCAGCAGAGUGUAUACUAUCCUAUUUCUACGUUUCUAAGACGUCACGUAUGCAAAAAAUGUAUAAUUAUACAUAUACAAGUAUGUUUUGUGUAAAUACACGUACAUGUACAAGUAUGCUUUGUGUAAACACACGUACAUGUACAAGUGUCUUUUGUGUUUACACACGUACAUGUACAAGUGUCUUUUGUGUUUACACACGUACAAAAUAUAUACACAUAUGUUUUGAGUAAACACACGUACAUGUACAAGUAUGCUUUGUGUAAACACACGUACAUGUACAAGUGUCUUUUGUGUUUACACACGUACAAAAUAUAUACACAUAUGUUUUGAGUAAACACACGUUCAUGUACACGUAUGUUUUGUGUAAACUUAAGUAAAUGGAGAGUGUAAUAAACACACGUUCAUAUAUGUGUAAAAUAACAUGUUCAUUUAAAGAUAUGUUCAGAUUUCGAAGGUGAAUCAAGCGUGAGAAUGUUGUUACAAUAAUUGAUUAUUAGUAUGUAAUAUUUGUACAUUACAAGUAUGUAUGUGUCUGUAUUAUACUAUCAAGUGUUAACAUAACAUUAUAAAUAAUUCUGCUAAUAAUAUAUUAUAUUAUGAAUCAUUAGCAUGGUUUCUGUAAACUACCAUACAAUAUAUACAAUGUUUUUAAAGCGUCGUAAUUUUUGGCAGACUAUUUUAAAAUAACCAUCCAAGUACAUGAUAGACCUGUUACUAAUCACUGUAAUUCCAGUAAAUAUGUCACGCAUGCUUUUAAAAAAUGAAUAAAGUUAUGAAACAAAAUUA